CAAUGGGGAUGCGCUGCUGGUGGGCGGGGAGAAAAUGGAACCGGUGUUACGGAGCGCCCGGGCGGCGUUGGAGGAUUCUCGUUGUCGUGGCCUUUCACUUGUGGCCUCUCCUUUAGCUGAACCGUUCUUCUGUGAUGAGCCUGCCACAAGGGAGGAUGCACACGAGCUCCCACCGGCCUUCGCUAUAAAACACUGUCACUGGAUUUCUAGCGUUUCUCCUGCUGCGUGGGAGCAGUGCUCCAGGAGUGCAUGUCGUCAUGGGAAAUGAAGCUUGUGACCUGGACUCCAUGGUCUCGGCCAUUGCAUUUGCCUACUUCCUAACCAAGACAUCAUUGAAACCAAAGACAGUCAUUGUGCCCAUCUUAAAUAUCCCACGAUCGGAGUUUCCUUUACGUGGCGAGUGCACGUUCCUCCUCCGGGAAGGCCAGAUUUCCGAAGAGCUGCUGACGUUUCGAGAUGAGAUUGAUCUGCACAGCCUGCACAGGGAGGGACGACUGACGCUGACGCUGGUUGACCACAAUGUUCUACCCAGAGGCGAUGCAGUCCUGGAGAAUGGGGUGAUAGAAGUGAUUGAUCACCGCCCCCUAGAGCGACCCUGUUUCUCUGGCUGUGUAGUAACCUCUGAGCCCGUGGGCUCCUGCACAACCCUGGUGACGGAGCGCAUCGUCCAAAGAGCACCUGACAUUCUGGAUGAGCAGCUCGCUUUUUUACUGCGCAGUACUAUUGUGCUGGACUGCAUCAACAUGGCUCCCGCGGCAGGCAAAGUCACUCCGAAGGACUCUGAGUACGUUGCUCAUUUGGAAUCCAGAUUUCACCAUCUCCCACCCAGAGCCACUAUCUUUGAUGCACUACAAAAAGCCAAGUUUGACGUCAGUGGGUUGACCACUGAGCAGAUGCUGAGGAAGGAUUUGAAAGUUGUGUUUGGCGGAGACCUUCGCUUGGCCACCAGUGCUGUCUACUUGACACUUGAGGACUUUCUGGCCCGUCCCUGUGUGAAGAAGGAAUUGGAAGAAUUUUGUCAGAUGAAAGGCUACGAUGUUCUGGUUACCAUGACCAUAUCCUUCAAUGAGGAGAAGGAGCCUUCCCGCCAGUUGGCCAUCUACAGCCCUUGCAGCCAUUUGAGGGAGCUGGUGAGCUGUGUAUUGGAGAAGUCCGAGGCCCCAUCACUACAGCUGUUGCCAAUGUACAGCCCCUCAUCAGAGAUCAGUGCCUACUCCCAGGGCAACAGGCUGGCUUCUCGCAAGAAGGUGCUUCCCAUCAUUGAGCGUUGGCUAAAGGCCUGGGAGACAGAGGGAGCAACAGGCAUGCUGGAGUGCAGAGGCUGGGGCAACAGCAGCGAUGCCAGCCGCACAGAGGACACCUGCCAGGAUGAAGACUUGCCACUGCCUCCAACACCCAUGAACAGCCUGGUGGAGGGUUGCCCACUGGAUGGUGGCUUGCCCAAUCUGACACCUGAGGCCCUUCUGGAGAAGUUCAACCAGAUGCCUGCUGAAGGGCUGGCAGAUACAGACUGCUCUGACUGCCAUUAGCCAGGGAUUGGCAUGAUUUUGAUUUUAUUUUGAGACAAUAGGUAGAAGAAGCCAUUUGAACUACUUGUUAUGACUGGCCCUUGCCAGUGCUUCUUGUGAGUAGGGCAAUGGGAACGUGGGCUUCAAUCAGCCAUGGGAGGUGAGUCAGCAGGUUCUUCCCAACGAGCCCCAUCCACAACUGUUGACAGAUGGGUUUUCUGAGAUUGGAUCUAGGAUCAAUCUUUGUUCUUCUACAUAAUCUUACAACUCACACACAUCUUAACAACAUGAGAACAGAAACAAUCCAUGUAACUCCAUGACUUGCUAUUCAAUGCUGUUGAGAGUGAUCUGCACUCCAAACUUAUAACCUCUCUUAACCAAAGUCUAUCAAUCUUAGAAUUCGAAUUAAUAACUGACCAUCAGUUUUCAUUAACAGACCAAUUCCAAAUUUCUAGCCUGGUUUGUGUGCAGAAAUGUUUCCUAGUAUCAUUUAAGUACUUGGUCCUAAUUUUUACAAUAUACUCCUGAAUGAGCAAAGAUUGUGUUUAUUACUUCGUCAAUUCCUCUUUAAUAUCAAAUACACCAAUAAAAUGGCUCAAUCUUCCAGAUCAUAGCUUGAUAUCUUGAGCAAUGUCUUCCUGCUGAUGAGCUAUUCUGAUAAACCCAGCACUCACACCUUCACUGCGUUGGGGCACUCCCCUACAUUGGAGCAAGAGGCAAUGCUUUGGUUGCAGGAUUUUAUUUGGUACCUAUAUUUUCUUAAGAGAUUGGUGAGGAAAGAUGUGUAUUCACCUUUUGAUUAUGUAGUUUUUCUGGAGUUUGGGGAAAUUGGAUGCAUGCAUGAAAAGGGGAGAAGGCACCGUGUUGUUUGCCUUUCCUGGCUUUGUCUGGCUCUCUGGACAGGUAUGCAAUGUUUCCCUCCUUUCCCCACUGCUCCAGUGAAAUAAAUCUUCCUUUCCACAUUGCACUGAGAGGCAAAGGCUCUCAGUUUGAAUGCAGUUUAAAUGCAGUACCCACACCAGCUGACACAGGCCUUGAAGAACAAUCGUCUUGAGAGAGACGUAGACCAUUACUCAGUGAGCACUCCCAAGCUGGGAGGCAGCAGCACCUGAUUAACUGCUUAUUAGCAGAUGCUGAAGUCUUGAGAAUGGGGCAUUCCCUUCUGUAUAAAUUACCACUGCAGCAUUUUAUGUGGGGAUAGGUGGAGAGCAAGUAUCUGAACCCAUACAUGCAGCAGAAAUCAGAGUAACAUAGUAAACCUAUUACAUGCAAGGAGGCCAUUCAAUACUACAGUGUUUCUUACACAGGGAGCAGAUAAAAAUCUCAAGUCUUCCAUUUCAUUUUCACAAUAUCAAGGGUGCCUUUUUAAAAUUUUUAAUAAAGAAACCUGCAUUCUUCCUGAGGACUGGGGUAAAUUUACAAACAACCACCGAUCCAGAGAGCUCUUUAAGUCUGACCCUUUACUACCUUGUGAAAGUUCAGGAGAUUCCCUUUUCAUUUGUUUUUAAAAUAAAAAAGCAUGGAAACUUCCAGUGGGGAGGCGGGGUGAAUACUUUUUCUAGGCAUUGAAUAUUUAGGCAGAGGUUGAUAGAUUCUGAUUGGUCAGGGCAUGAAGGCAGGAGACUAGGGCUGAGAGGAAAAUUGGAUCCGCCAUUGUGAAAUGGCGGAGCAGACUCUGAGCCAAAUUGCCUAAUUCUGCUCUUAUAUCUUAUGGUCUCUGUGAUUCCCUUCUCUGUUCAUCCCCCUCCCUGCACUUAUCCCUGCAAGCAGCCAAAAUGUUAAAGCCCAUUCACCUCCUCCCUUCCCCUCCAUUCAGGGUCCCAAACAAUUCUUCCAGGCGAGGCAACACUUCACCUGCCAAUCUGCUGGGAUAGUCUAUUCUAUCCGGUGCUCCCAAUAUGACCUCCUCUACAUUAGUGAGACCCAGUGUAAAUUGGGGGACCACUUUGUUGAGCACCUCUACACCUCUGCCAAAACUGGAAUUUCCCAUUGGCCCAGCAUUUUAAUUCCGAUUCCCUUUCCAACAUGUCAGUCCGUGGUCUCAUCUUGUGCCACAAUGAGGCCACCCCUAGGGUGGAGAUGCAACACCUUGUAUUCCAUCUGGCUAGCCUCCCAACUGAUGGCAUGAUUAUCAGUUUCUCUGUUCAGUAAACAUUCCCUCCCCCUCCCUCUCUAUUCCCUACUCUGGCCUCUUGCCUCUUCUCACCUGCUGAUUAUCUCCCCCGGUGCCUCUUCUUCCCUAUCUCCUAUGGUCCACACUCCUUGCAUUAUCAGAUUCCUCUGCCUGUAGCACUUUACCUUUGCCACCCACAGGGCUUCACUUGUUGCCUUCUAGCUAUCCUUCCUCCCAUUCCACACCCCCCCCCCCACCUUUUUAUUCUGGUGUCUUCUCCCUUCCUUUCCAGAGUAUCAGCCUGAAAAUUUUAUUCCUCUCCCCAUAAAUGCCGCCUGAUCUGAGUUCCUCCAGCAUUUUGUGAGUGUGUGGGUUUGGAUUUACAGUUACCUGCAGAAUUUCUUGUGUUUGGAUUUGGGCAUUUGUUUCAAUAUUUUAAAACAUUGUCUACAUUUCUGAAGUUCUUUGUCUCUGUAGAGCAUCUUAAAGGUGCUAUUUGCUAUUGGAUUUGUUCAUAUCUGUCUUUUGCAAAAGACCAGUAAUGGGCAGUCACGGGGCUAACCAGAACCAGUAAUGGGUGAACAUCGGCAAUGUUCCUGUAUGGUGUACACUACUAGCAAAUUUUAAACUCUGCACAAGAGGUUGACACCUCUUCCUCAUUGCCAUUUCAUGAUUUUAAACAAUCACAUUUCUUUUUCCGGUUUCUGAUGCAAACAAUGUUGACAACGUGGCGUUUGAGAUGAUCUGUCUACAGAUUUUAGAACUGGCCUAUUUAUACCGUUUUUAUUGAAGAAAUUAUUGAUUCACUAUGUCGAAUUCCGAAGAAGCAAAAGGUGUGAAUCUCAAAAGAACUGUUAGUUCAUUUAAAGUGUAAUGGCAUAAUGAAACAGUAAACUGAUGUGUGGAAAGCUCAUGAAGUUAGGAACAUGCAGCUACAAGAAAUGUUUGUACAAUGUAGAAACUGGUAUCACCUGUGUGUAUUAUUGUGAUGCAAAAGUUGGAGAAUUUGCAAGUGGGAAGUGGAGUGAUAUUUAGAAACUUGACUUUAAAGCAUCAUUUAGCAGGCAAAUCACACAUGGCAAAAGUUCCAGCGAGAAAAUCCUUCAUUACCCGCUACAGGUCUGCUACGUGUGUUUUGUGAGCAUGCAGAUGAACGAGAGUGAAAAACAAUCAAACCCAGAGGAGAUCAAAGUUCUUGUUGACAGUAGUUUGUUAGCUGUUAAAAUGUAUAUCUCUAUAUAUAAAAUUCAGUACGCACAUGUUGUCACUGGGCAAAAGAUUGCACAGCACGAGAUAUUUGCGCAAGCUGGUCAUUAUAAACUAGAAGGAAUAUUGGACACAGGCAUAACUGACCAGUAAUGGGUGGUCACGGGGGUAACUGGCUGGCAAUUUUACAAGGGAGAAAUUGGAGAGCCCUACUGAACCGUUCACUGAUUUUUGACAAACUUAUCAAAUCACAGCUUUUGUGAGGCGUGGAAACCAUGACAGAGUACUGCAAAUGCCUAACAGCAUCUAUGGGCUUGCAUUUACAGAACACCUUCCUCAGCCAUGGAAUGGCCUGUAAAUUCAACUCCCUUUUACUGUCAUUUUCAGCAGAGGUACUUGGAGCUUUAAAUAAAAAUUCUGGGUUACUGGAAGUAACAAGGCAGAGUAUUGCUGUCUGAUACUUGGUGUCCACAGUGGGCUGGAUGUUCAGUGCCUCUCAUAAAUCUGUCUUCACACGUUCUUCAGAGCUUGUCACUCGUGCAAGUGGCUGGCUGUCACCUGGAUUUGUAGUGCAGUCAGUCUGGUGGUUGAAGCACUGUGAUACCCCCUCCCCAUCCCCUAUUUGUUGACUCAAUGGGUGGCUCUUUUUUUCAGAGCUGCAAGGUGUUGAUUGAGACGUUAAACCGAAGCCCUGUCUCCUCUCUUGUGGAGUGACAGAAUCCCAUAUGCAGUUUUGUAGAAGUCAAACAGCUCCAGGAGCUGCAGAUACUGGAGACUGAAAUAGUUAGAAAAAGCUGGAACAAUUUCAGCUGGUCAGGCAUUGCCUGACGGUGGGGGGCAGGAGGGUGAAAUAAGUUGACAUUCUGAGGGAUGACUGCCUGGCCCCAAAACGUUAAUAGGUUUCUCUUCCCACAGAUCCUGCAAGAUUGGUUCAGUUCCUGUAGUAUCUUGGUUUUGUUAGGUAACUGCUCAAUACUCCUUGCCUCUAAUCUGGUCCUUACUAUUUGAGGUACUCGACCAGUACCCAAGAUGCCUACUGAUUCCUCAAACCUCAGGCAUAAUCACCUAGGAAGCUGUGGGAUGUGCCGAGGUUCUAAAAACCAGAAAUACUACUCCAUGUCAUGUCUAUUAUCCCUCCUCUUCACCUUGAAAUGCCCUGUGAUUGCUGAAUAAUCACGAUGAAACAGUGAUGAUUGAUUCAAUAAAGGAUUAUUAAUUAUUAAUUGUAAUGGUGUUCCUGCGAAAUAAUCCCAUUUAUAAACAAAUUCUGUAUCAUUUUAUUCUGCAUGAUAAAGUUUUGAAGUGUCGGA